AUGGCUGAAAAUAAGAAGGCUAGCUUCCAAGCUCAAGACCCAAAAGAUCAAACAAGAAACCAACCCAUCACAAUCGUGGAAGAUGCCAUUGAAGAGAAAGCUAGGACUCCAAAGAAGAAAAAGAAGGUGCAACCAAUGUCAAUUUUUCAAGAAUGUGAACAUAAUGGGAACGGGACAAUGUCUCAAGCUGAAAAGACCUCCAAAACUAGGAAUCAGAGGACUGUUGAAGCUGAUACAAUAGAACAAAAUGAUUUAAGUUCUGAUGAUGAGGGAGAAGAUACAAGCGAGCUAACUGCAAGUUCAACGAAAAAAGGAAUGAGUCUUGACAUGUAUUUUAAGGUACAUGGGAUAAAUUUGGAAGAUGAAGAAGAUGAGGAAGAUGAGGAAGAUGAGCUUGAUGAUGCUGCAAAUGAUGAGGGUAAUGGAGGACAAGCUAGUAAUCAAGGCACAAUAAAGAAGAAAACUCGUGGAAAGACUAUGUGCAAAAAGCUUCAUGCCACUGAUUUUAAUGAUCGACGGGAGGUGGAAUUUUUUGUAGGGCAGCCUAUAGGUCCAACCAAGGAGGUUAUAUCUAACCUCAACCAACUCUUGGGCACAACAGUUAGAAAUCCUCGUUUUGUGACUUUGCUAUAUACUAGUUGGCAUGGUGUGCCUAAAAACCUCAAAGAGGACAUGUGGGAGUACGCCAAUCAAAAAUUCAUUCUUCCAAUAACUUCAAAGCCGUGGGUAAUGAACGGAUUUUGUCGUGCAUGGAAAAAAUACAAAGGCGAAAUAAAAAAGGAACAUUUCUUGAAGUACAACACAAAGAAAGAAAUGAUAAAGAACCAACCGUUAGAGAUCCCUGAGGUUCAAUUUCGCAAACUAAUUCGGUAUUGGAGUCUUCCGACUGUUAAGGCUGUGUCUACUAAGAAUGUUGAAAAUAGGUCAAAGCAAACAUGUCUUCACCGGAUGGGUUCUACAAAUUUUGGAAUAGUGUGCAAGCAGCUGCGCGACUCUAAAGAGAACAGUGAAGAACCAUCAAGAGUUGAAGUUUUCAUAGCAACUCGCACAAGUAAAAAAGGAAAAGAAAUUGAUGCUAAAACGCAAAGCACAAUUGCUGAACUUCAAACCCGCAUAGAGGCAGGGGAAAAUGAUGAGGAUGCAUUUGUAGGAGUGUUAGGAAAGGACCAACCAAGUCGAGUUCGUUGUUUUGGGUCUUCGAUUACAAAAAGCUCUCUUAAAAAGGAUGAGGAAAUUCGACAAGUCAAGGUUGAAUACAACAACAAGGUUGAAUCAUUAGAGAAGAAGAUGGACGGUGUAUGUAGUUUAUUAAAGGUAUUGGUGCACCAAGUCAACCCUGGAAUGAGUGAGGAAGAGGUAGCAGCCUUAGUGCAAGCUGCCCAAAAUUCUCCUUUGGAUGCCUCAAGUAGCAGACCGAGAAAUACUCCUCGCUCCUCCGAAUCAACUCAUAUUCCACCCAAAGAUACUCCAGAAGGAAUUAAUGGCUCUCAUGGUAUAUCUCAUUUUGCUUGA